CUUUUCGUCGCAAACUGACGCCAUCGUAACGAAGAAAAGAAGAAGAAGAAGAAGAAGAAGAAGAGUCGAAUCGAAGGAACUCCCCGACCCUUGCUCGCCACCAUUCCCCCGCCUUCGAUCGGAAGCGAGCCUUCCCUUCAAUUCGAUCCCCGACCUUCGCCGGCGACCGGCAAUCGGCAAUCGGCAAUCGGCAAUGGAGAAGAAGGACGAGCCGGUGAUCGGAGUCCCGUACUACGUCGGGCAGAACCCCUACCAGGCCGGGAUGAUCCCUCCGCACGCCAUCUUCGGCGAUCCCAAGGGGAUCCCGAUCCAGCAGACGAUCUACCGGGACACUCCCGCCCCCUUCAGCUGCAUCCACUGCGGCAACCCCGGGGUCACCAACGUCAAAUCAAAGCCUAGUCUGGCUGCUGUUGUUGGUUGCAUGAUGCCAAUGAUGCUUGGAAUUUGCUUCCUUUGUCCUUCAAUGGAUUGCCUCUGGCAUAAAUAUCACUACUGCCCAAGCUGCGGAGAAAAGGUUGCUGAUUUCGAAAAGUCAGACCCUUGCCUUGUGGUGGAUCUUCCACAAUGGAAUCAAGAGAGCUUUGCGUUGCCAGCAUGAUAUGACGCAUCCUAGAUAUACAUCCUGCCAAUACAUUCCUGUUCAUCUCUAUUGCAGUACUUUUUCUCGGAUGACGAAUUUCUGUAUAUGCUUCUGCUACAUGUAUGUUACAGAAGUCCCUGUGGACACAUACUUGUGUCUCUAGUUCUCUAUGAAUUUCCAUGUUGCAUGAAGUAUAGAGGAUUGCGAUUCCCGAAUAAGCUUCUAUCUCUUCAAACUAGCAACGUGGAUGGCAGAGAUUGCAUCUCAAUUUCCAGCGAUCAUUUCCUGGUUUCGAGUA